AUGCGCCGCGGCCGAGGUUUUGCCGGAUUUUCUAGCUAUUUGAUUUCUGGAAAAUGGAGUGGCGACUGUAAUUGGUUUUGUCAGAGAGGCAUGGGCACGGCGGCGCUGAUGUCGCCGGGAAAAGGUAGUCCAUCUUCUUCUUCUUCUUGUUCUUCUCCCUGGCUGAUGCUGCAACCCGCAUAUGAAGCCAGCGCCGUCUGCACGGCCGCCACGAUGACCUACAAGUUGUACAACCUAGCCGAGAACAGGGUCGUGACACUGUGGGUCCCACAAAUUCCCGGCGACCUUCUGAGUUUCCGGGGUUCCUCCGGCGGUGGCUGGCUAUCCCUUGUGCAGCGCGAAACCCACGAUCUGUUACUCUACAACCCGAUAUCCCGCCGUCGCAUAAAGCUCCCACCUUUAUACGGCCCCUCUGUUGAUCUAGGCAGGGCACCCAUUCUCCAUAAGUCCUUCAUCUCCUGCUCUCCCGACACUGAAAAAUGUGUGGCCGUGAGCCUAACCUACUCUGGGGAAUCCAUGGCUGUGUGCUGCCCUUUGUCCAGUGACAAUUGGAAAUGCAAAAAGACACUCUUCGCCCUCACCAACACUUUCCAAUUGGAGGCUUGGGACUUGACGACGACUGCUUCCCCUGAAUUGAUACGAAUAAUGGGUGAGUUUAGUAAUAUCCUCGACCACGAAGAGAAGACGAAGAAGAAGAAAGAGUUGUUACAGUCUAGAGACGACUUGUCAUGUUGGCAUGAGUACCAUCUGGUGAUUGCCGGAGAGGAUCUCCUUGUGGUGACUCAGUACAUCGUGGAAUCCAUUGACCCGGAUGGUUUGUAUUUCAACUUAUACUUAGAAGAAUCGCCUUCUGACCUCUCGACCGCGACUAUUGAUUUUGAUGUUCAUAGAUAUGAUCCGAAGGAUGGGGAUUUAAAGUAUGUGGAAGGUUCGUGUUUGGGUGGUUGGGCUCUUUUCGUUGGUAACUACAACCACUCUGUUGCAUUGCGUGCGCGUGACUUCCCAGAGCUAAAGCCCAACUCCAUUUACUUUACGGAUACUUUACCAGAUCGUUGUGAUUCUAAUCAAGGUAACCAUGACAUUGGCAUCUUCAGUUAUGAGGACAAGACUGUGUCACCAUGCUAUUAUCCAUGCGACCCUCCCAACCUAAAACCGAUGUUCCCAGAGCCCAUGUGGUUUUUCCCAAGCAACUUCUGA